AUGGCCUAUUCUCUCGAUCCAAGACCAGCUGUCACUCUCCCACAUGGCGGCUUCUUCAGCGCUUUUGCCGAAGACAAAAUCGCUGCUCCACCUUCUGCUGUCUACAAGGCUCUGCUUGACACGUCCAAAUAUGGUCAAUGGAACAAUUUCGUGACUAAAGUCACCAUCAACAAGCAAGCCGACUCAGGGUCGGCAUCUCAAGAUACACAGUUGAAGAAGGACAUGGUCAUGACUUUUACUGUCCGCAUGUCUGCGACCAUGACCACCCAUAGCAAAGAACUAGUUACCCAAAUCGAUGAUUGUCCGACUGACUCUGCGCCUGGCCAUAUUACAUGCAUUCGCUGGAUAAUGGCAAACAAGGAAAGCUUCGCCCCAAAGUUCAUCAUAGCAGCCGAAAGGGUCAAUGAGAUAGAAGACCUGGGCGAUGGGACGUGCAUCUACAGGUCCUGGGAAACUUUUGGAGGUCUGGCCGCUCGUAUUGUGAAAUGGAAGUUUGGCCACUCUUUACAGAAGAAUUUUGAAGACUGGGUGGCUGGUCUCCAGCGAUACGUCGAGGAAGAGGAGAAAAAGAAAAUGGAGCGGAAAGCCGCUGUUGAAUUGGCAGCUUGA